AUGAUUGUGGGAGACCAUCGUAUCACUCACUCUAAGGAGUUUGAGAGGCAGAGCAACAACAGGAAAAACGGUGAAACGAUGCAAAGGGAACGCAUAUCCCCACAUCAGAGUAACCAUGUACCUCGACAUGAGGAUAAAAACUGCUCCAUUCUGGAGACUCCUAGACCUGAAGACCCUACCAAAAACCAUUCUAGACAAAUCUCUGGAGGUUCACUUUCAAACCAAGUCCAUCAUAAUGACACUCACCAUGAGGUUUCAAAUCAUUCUAGAGGUGGCGCUAAGAGACCUGUGUUGGAACGUCUUUCUGGUCUUAAUGGUGAUGAACAUGAACAAGAGGGUUCCACGAACACAAGGUCAAAACGCCCAGCACUGGAAAGACUCUCUCUUCUAGAAACUGCAAAUACUCCUCCUAUUGUUUUACUGCGUAGAGAACAGAGAGUAUCACCUCCCGAAGUGAACCAAGAAGUGGAGAGACAACAAGAGCAUAUAAAUCAUCAAAACGGUUCUCAAUCAGGGCACCCUAUGACUGAAGUUGUAGGCAGGGUACGUGGGGCAGAGUCAUCCCCAUCCUCUAAAGCAACUAUACUGGAUAUUCCAGUGAAACAGAGAGCAUCAUCUUCGCAUCUACCUAUAGCAGCUCGUCUUGGAAAACGUCAAGAACCGACGAGAACUGUCUCUCUCAACAUCAAGGGUAAACAACAACAGAAAACAACAAACAUAAAACGAGGAGGAUCUAGCCCUCUGCCUCGUGCUAAUUCAAGAAAGUGUAAUGUACUCAGAACAUCAACCUCGGCUCAGAAAAAGCUCAUUGUUGAAUCUCCACGGAUGGAGCUGCUACCUAAAUCUGUACCUCUUAAUGAGGCACGGUGGUCUCCAAAAUACGUCAUGUCCGAUCUGAGCUAA